CACUCACACACACUCACACACACACUUCCACACACACACUCACUGACCGCUCCGCAGGGGAUACCCUCCUGGACAGCGUCAGCUGGGUCUCUGGACGAGUCGGCUGAGAUGGCGUCCGUGGCGAGCGCGUGGUCCGAGACGUCGUCGCUGGCGUGGGCGGUUACCGUGGGCGACGGAGUGGACGGGGCGGACGACGGAGUGGACCUUCUGAGUGUCCUGCAGGGGGCGCUCUACCUGCUGGUGUGCGUGUGCGGGCUGGCGGGGAACGUGCUGGUGGCGGUCGCCGUGGUGAUGAGGGACCGGCUGGCGUCGGCCACUAGCGUGUACGUGCUGACCCUGGCGCUGGCCGACGGCCUCUUCAUGCUCGGCCUCCCGCUGCUCGCCACCCAGACACUGCUGGGCCGAUGGCCGUUCGGGGAGGCCGCGUGCCGCUUGACCAUGGCGCUGGACGGCAUGAACCAGUUCACCAGCGCCUUCUUACUCGCCGCCAUGGGGCUGGACCGCUACGCUGCGCUGACCGCUCCACUGCGCUGGUGGGCCUGGCGGUCUCCGCGGCGGGCGGGGCUGGUGGCGUCGGCGCUCUGGCUGCUCUCGCUGACCCCCGUGUUGCCCGUGGCGACGCGCUUCUCGGCGCGGAGCGGCUACUGUGCUCUGGACGCGGAGCUGAUGGAGGGGGCCGGCGGCCUGCUGUUCCUGACCAGCGCCUUCCUGCUGGGCUUCGCGCUGCCGCUGGGCGUCAUGGUGAGCACGUGUGGGGCGUUGGCGUGGCGACGGCAGGCCGGGGCGGUCGUCACGGAGACGGAGCGGGCGGAGCGGCAGGUGGGGGUCAUGGUGGCGGCGGUGGCCGGCGUCUUCGGGGUCUGCUGGCUGCCCUUCUACCUGCUCAACUUCCUGUCGCUGUGUCUGGACGCGGCGCUGCUGGACGAGGGGUUUGUGAGGGCCUUCGAGGCGGCCGUGCUGCUGUCGUACGCCUGGAGCUGCGCCAACCCCGCCCUCUAUGCCCUCCUCUGCCCCACCCUCAGACGACACUUCUCCACCCUGCUCUGCCCCCACAAGCACCCCCCCACGUCCCACACACACACACGCACACACACACACACUGAGCGCUACCACCUCAAUGACACCGCCCUACCUGACCCAGGUGAGGUGGUGUAACACUACACACCUGAACCACACUGCCCUACCUGACCCAGGUGAGGUGGUGUGAGGACAUCUUCACAAGGCUCCAACAGCGACAGGUGUGGACAUUUUCACCUGAGCUGACCGCUUGUGUUCCGUAACUAUGCAUCUCUGAGUUGACCGCUUGUGUUCCGUAACUACGCAUCUCUGAGCUGACCACUUGUGUUCUGUAACUACACAUCUCUGAGCUGAAGUCGUAGCAGGACAGAAACUCCAUAAUAAUCAUCUCUCGAGUGACAGAGGAGGUGCCAGGCGGUGAGUGACAGCCAAUCAGGAUGCAGGGUGGAUCAUCCAGAACAGCGCCCUCUGGAAUCUCUGCUGUGGAUUACACACACACACACACACACACACACACACAUAGAUAGUAAUGCUUCAAUACUGUAAUGACUGGCAUUGCUAUGCUAGCCCAUAUAGUUCCAGGCUAUUUGUCUUCAGCUCUAGUGCUACACUGAUGGACAACACAAAUGUUUAGCUCAUAUACGUUAGAGGAACAACGCAAAAUGAAAUAUUAGCUUCACUGAAUAAGCUAGGUUAUUUACUGAGUUCAGUAUUGUGUAAAUGGUGUUUACUUGUUUGGAUAAUCAUUUUAGGCAUUUUUACCCUACUAAAUAAUCUAGGCUGUUUACUGAGUUACUUAUUCUGUAAGUGGUGUUGACUUGU